GAAGUGGGUCCUCGUGUCUGCAACUUCUGUGUUAUUUGUGUUUUUGGUGACAUACGAACUGAUGAUGGGACAGACUGUGACAACUCCUCUUAGUUUGACCUUAGACCAUUGGACUGAAGUGAAGGGAAGAGGUCGCGACCUAUCAGUUGAGAUCAAGAAGGGACUGUGGCGGACUUUCUGCUCCUCGGAGUGGCCCACUUUUAAUAUAGGGUGGCCAAAAGAAGGAAUUUUUGACUUAUCUGUUAUCUUUGCUGUUAAGGAGAUUGUUUUUCAGAAAGAGCCUGGAGCCCAUCCGGAUCAACAGCCUUACAUCGUGGUCUGGCAAGACCUGGUGCAAAAUCCACCCCCCUGGGUUCGACCUUGGGUUGCAAAACCCAAGCCCCGGCCGGACGCUCGAGUUCUGGCUGUCCAAUCUCCCAGUUCUGGGGAGAAAACCAGUCACUCGGACCCCCCCAAGAAGAUUUAUCCAGAAAUCCAGGCUGACCUCCUUCUCCUUGACUCACCUCCCCCGUAUCCUCCUGCCUCAGUUUCUGUAGGGGGUCAGGAAGAGCCAGAAGCACCGCCGGCCCCUGCAGCUGCGCCCUCUGCUCCCCCUAAUGGGUCUCUGCCGGGGCCUGCGCAGGGCACCAGGAGCCGCCACGGAAUGACUCCCCACUCCACCGUCACCCUUCCCCUAAGGGCUUAUGGGCCCCCGCCGGUGGCGACGGAGGGUGGACCGGCUCCUCUUCAGCCCCUCCAGUACUGGCCUUUUUCCUCCGCAGAUUUGUAUAACUGGAAAACUAAUCACCCUCCCUUUUCAGAGGACCCUCAGCGCUUAACUGGGCUGGUGGAGUCUUUAAUGUUCUCUCAUCAGCCUGCAUGGGAUGAUUGUCAGCAGCUACUGCAGACUCUUUUCACCACCGAAGAGAGGGAGAGGAUCCUGUUAGAAGCAAGGAAGAACGUGCCGGGAGCAGAUGGACGGCCCACUCAGCUCCCCAACAUCAUCGAGGCUGCCUUUCCUCUCUCUCAGACUGAUUGGGAUUUCAACACGGCAGAAGGUAGGGAGCGACUGACCGUCUAUCGCCAGACUCUAGUGGUCGGCCUCAGAGGGGCAGCAAGACGCCCCACCAAUUUGGCCAAGGUAAGAGAGGUUACCCAGGGGGCCACGGAACCCCCGUCGGUAUUUCUUGAGUGCUUAAUGGAAGCUUUCAGACGUUACACCCCGUUUGACCCUACCUCAGAGGGGCAAAGGGCUUCCGUGGCCAUGGCUUUUAUAGGGCAGUCAGCAUUAGAUAUUAAGAGGAAAUUGCAGAGAAUAGAAGGGUUACAGGAUUAUACCCUACAGGAUUUAGUCAAGGAGGCGGAGAAAGUGUAUCAUAAGAGGGAAACUGAGGAAGAGAAGGAGCAAAGAAAAGAGAAGGAGAGAGAAGAGAGAGAAAAUGAGAGAGAUCGUAAGCGGGAGAAAAACCUGACACGGAUUUUGGCAGCUGUAGUAAAUGAGAAAGGACAGGAACAAACCCAGAGUAGGGCUAAGAGAUCAGGUAACCUGGGCAACCGCACCCCAUUAGAUAAAGAUCAGUGUGCAUACUGCAAGGAAAAAGGUCACUGGGCUAGAGAGUGCCCUAAACUAAAGAAGAAGAACGGAUCCUCCAAGAAAGUGCUAGCCCUGGGAGAAGAGGACUAGUGGGGAUGGGGCUCGGAACCCCUCCCCGAGCCUAGGGUAACAUUAGAGGUGGAGGGGAAGCCAGUUGAGUUCUUAGUAGACACUGGGGCUCAGCACUCGGUCCUACUCGAACCGGCUGGACCUGUUUCCCACAAGAAAUCGUGGGUCAUAGGGGCCACAGGGCACCAGCAGUACUCAUGGACUACCCGAAGAACAGUAGACUUAGGAACAGGAUGGGUAACCCACUCGUUUUUGGUCAUCCCUGAGUGUCCUGCACCCCUACUUGGGAGGGAUCUCCUAACCAAAAUGGGAGCCCAAAUUACCUUCACCCCUGAUGGCCCGGAGGUGACCCAGGGCAAGAGAAUGGCUACCGCUUUGACCAUACGCCUAGAUGAUGAACAUAGACUUUUUGAAGAACAGAAAGCAGAGAUAAGUCACAUAAAUGACUGGUUGAACAAGUAUCCAGGAGCAUGGGCCGAGACGGCCGGAACAGGACUAGCUACAGGAAGGCCGCCCGUAGUCAUAGAGCUUAAGGCCACUUCUACCCCUGUAGCUGUACGCCAAUAUCCUAUGACGAAGGAGUCCCGGGAGGGAAUUAGGCCCCAUAUCCAACGCCUCCUUCAGCAAGGCAUCCUAGUGAAAUGUCAGUCACCGUGGAACACUCCCCUGUUACCUGUUAAGAAGCCUGGCACAGGAGACUACCGCCCGGUACAAGACUUGAGGGAAGUGAACAAGCGGGUACAGGAUAUCCACCCCACAGUGCCUAACCCUUACAGCUUGCUGAGUUCUCUCCCCCCGGACCAUGUGUGGUAUACUGUUUUGGAUUUAAAGGACGCUUUCUUCUGCCUGCGACUGCAUCCCUCCAGCCAGAACAUUUUUGCAUUCGAAUGGAGGGACCCUGACUCUGGGACUACAGGACAGUUGACUUGGACUCGACUACCCCAGGGCUUCAAGAAUUCCCCGACCCUCUUCGAUGAGGCACUCCAUCAGGACUUAGCCCACUUCCGCGCCAGCCAUCCCCAGGUAACGCUCCUGCAAUAUGUAGACGACUUGCUGCUGGCUGGGGCUACGGAGGAGGAGUGCCGACGGGGCACGGGACUGUUGCUAGAAGAACUCACCCGCCUAGGAUAUCGAGCCUCCGCCAAGAAGGCCCAGAUUUGCCGAAGAGAGGUAACGUACUUGGGGUAUGCCUUAAAAGGGGGGCAGAGGUGGCUCACGGAGGCCAGAAAGCAGACCGUGACCCAGAUACCCACUCCUCGCUCACCUCGCCAGGUGCGAGAAUUUCUAGGGACAGCGGGGUUCUGCCGCUUGUGGAUCCCCGGGUUCGCUACCCUGGCCGCUCCCCUCUAUCCUUUAACUAGAGAGGGUGCCCCGUUUGAGUGGGGUAAUGACCAACAGCAGGCCUUUGAUGACAUCAAGAAGGCAUUACUAUCAGCCCCGGCCCUGGCGUUACCAGACGUAGCCAAGCCCUUCGUCCUAUAUGUGGACGAGAGAAAGGGAAUAGCCCGAGGGGUGCUGACCCAGCCUCUAGGACCAUGGAAGAGGCCAGUAGCCUACCUCUCUAAGAAGCUGGAUCCAGUUGCUAGCAGCUGGCCUGCCUGUCUGAAGUCCGUGGCAGCAGUAGCAGUGUUGCAUCAUCAGGCAGCCCCCUGA